UGAAUCUGACGUUAAUUUCAAAAAUAUUUUGAAUAUUUUGUUUGUGAAAGAUGUCUCUUGGCGAGAAAUAUAUUCCUGAUAUUUACGAAAUAGACGACAUCGAUAAGUGUAUAGCUGAAUACCCACCUUACUAUGAAAGAAGUUUUACCAAACGUUAUUGUGUUGAGUUCAAUAAAGAAAACUUGAAUUUGGACACUUGUAUCAGUAUGUACAGUAGUAAAUUGUGUAUGAUAUUCUUAGCAGAAGGUCAUUCCAUUAUACAAGAAGGCAAAUCAAUAAAACAAUUUGAUUUCAAAGUUGGAAAAGAAGAUCGUUUAGCAAAUUCUACAGGAGGAAAAUAUAAGAAGAAAGCUCAACGCUUACAAAGAGAUUCAGUUAUAUGUUUCAUAGAGACUACAGAUGGAAAUAAGUACCCAGUAAAAGCCGGUAUUAAAGGACGAUUAAUUGAUAUCAAUCCAGCUGUUGUGAAAAAUCCUUCCAUAUCAAUAGAGAAACAUAAGAGUACAGGAUAUAUUGCGCUAAUACACCCAGAAAACUUCAGAAGUCCACCAGAAGAAGUGCUAUCAGGACUUUUAACAAAAAAUGAUUAUGAAAAUGUUCUGAGCAGUUGUCAAAAUUAUAAAACUGAAUAAUGUUA